GUAUCAAUUGAGGUAGGUAACCUUAGGUGGUCGAGCGCAGGGCUAACUAGGUACUGACGUCAGGAAAAAAAGGACGCCGUUCUCAACACCACACCACCACCACGGCCUUAAACAAGCUCUUCCACACCACGAGACCAGAGAGCUCAGCCCAGCAGCCCAACAGCACCACGUGGGCCCCACGCGCUUCACUUUUUCUUCCUAAAAUCUGCGGCGGUGAACGCGCCCAGCGCGGGCCCAAUAGCCCAACAACACAUCAUGGCCCGAGCUCACGAUCUACAAAACCCGUCCAUCAUGACGCGCCUGGAGACGCGACAUUUUCUCUCCCACAACAACAAUAACAACAGAAGCUUUUACAACCGAAUCACAAUGGCCACGGCCCACGCCCUCGGCCUCGGCCCCGGCGCUGCCGGCGCUGCUUACCGCGCAACGCAGCUCUUCAGUCUGAGCGCCCUGGCGCUCCUCGCGGGCUCAACGGCCUGGUCCACAUUGGCGGUGCUGCCGUCGCUGGUGGUCGCGCCCAUGUCGUCGCACGCCAAGCUGUCGGCGCUCAAGGGCAUCGUGCUGCUCUCCAAUGCGGCGCUGCCGCCCACGCUGCUCGGCACCAUCGCCAGUCUGGCAUUUUUGGCCCUGCGCGGCUCCCUUGCUCAUCGUAGCAACCACCUCAUUGCGCUGGGUGCGGCGGCUGCCGCGCUCGCGCUCCAGAUUCCCCUUCGUCCCCGCCUCCGUGCCAUUGUUGAGAUUGUGGACCGUGGGCAGAAGAGGAAGGAUGAUGGUCGCGACGCCAAUUGGCGCAUCAAGGAGGUGUGGCGAUAUGGGGUGGUGCGCAUGGUGCUUUGCGCCGUCGCGUUUGGGGUCGAAGCAUGGAUGCUGAUGCCCCAGGAGGGGAGGAUAUGAGACGGGGGGCGGCUUUUAGUCGUCUCUGUCUGGGAAGCGGGGAGGAGAGUAUCAACCUCAUGGUGUUGACCACUCUCAUGACCUCCCUGCCUACCGACCAUACCUCCACCGCCACCACCACCACCACGGCAACCCGCACCCUCAUUCCGGUGCUCCUCCCACCCGCGCAUUUGCGCACCUUUUUAACGCCCGUUUACGACGAAAUGAUUUAUGACCAAAACCAAAACACCAACCACCCCAUACCACACACACUCGUACCACCUCAACAACCCCAAGAACAAACUCGGGUUCUCCAUCUC